GAUGAAAGUCUUUGUGUAUUGUAGGUUGGUUGUACACGCGUGGUAGUUUACGGUAGUGUGAUAAGACUAAAAAAUGAGGGUUCACAUUUGUGUGUUUUUAGUGUGCAGUAGUGUUAUUUCUGUAAUAUCUGCAUCGGUUUGUGAGAAUUUACAAAUAAGGAAUGCGGAGAGAGCUAUUGACUUAACUUCUCAAUUAGUUAAGAUUGGACAUACAAUUACGUUUGAAAACAUCGGGAAAGUUACCUGUAACAGUUUUAAGUUUGCCAUUGAUCCAAAGCUGGCCCCAGGCUUUGCAUUUAUUUCUGCUCAGAGUGGGGAUUCAUCCAAAACUAGUCUGGGAGCUGUAGAGAAUGCUGCAAAAGGCACAUGGAACAUAGCACUGAAGGAACCAUUAAGUUCUGGGAAAACAGUGACUGUGGAAGUUGAGACAGUGUUCACACAUCAAUUGAAACCUCACCCAGCUUCAAUAUCGCAGAAGGAGAAGCAACUUGUACUGUAUCAUGGGAGCACUGUUCUUUAUUCACCAUAUACUGCAAUCAAGCAGACAACAACUGUUACCUUGGCAUCGAAAAACAUAGAAAGUUACACAAAGCAUAAACCGGUAGCAGUUUCUGACAAUGUAAUAACUUAUGGUCCAUAUGAAAAAGUCCAGCCUUUUUCACAGGAUAAAAUGAUAAUUCACUUUGAGAACAAUGCCCCCUUCUUGACAGUCACAAACUUGUUAAGAACGAUUGAAGUUUCACAUUGGGGCAACAUAGCAGUUGAGGAGACAAUAGACCUGCUUCAUACUGGUGCUACUCUGAAGGGACCGUUCUCUCGUUAUGAGUACCAGAGAGAGGCUCAGAGUGGGUUGUCGAGUGUAAAGUCAUUCAAGACUAUUCUUCCUGCUGCUGCAACAGAUGCAUACUAUCGGGAUGAAAUUGGAAACAUUUCAACAUCCCACAUGAAAGUAUUGAGUGACUCAGUGGAACUUGAUCUCAGGCCAAGGUUCCCACUAUUUGGAGGAUGGAAGACACAUUACACGAUUGGCUAUAAUGUGCCAAGCUAUGAGUAUUUAUACAACUCAGGAGAUGACUAUUUGCUGAAAAUGCGUUUUAUAGACCAUGUUUUUGAUGAUAUGAUUGUGGAUGAAGUGACAACCAAGGUCAUACUACCUGAAGGAUCACAUAAUAUUGAAAAAUACACUCCAUAUCCCGUAGAAACUAUGCCAGAUUCCCACCACUUUACCUAUCUGGAUACAAACGGGAGACCAGUAAUUAUGUGGCGGAAGAAAAAUUUAGUAGAAAAUCAUAUUCAGGAUUUCAAGCUCCAGUACAGAUUCCCACGUAUAUUCAUGCUGCAGGAACCUCUUCUUGUAAUUGUGGCAUUUUACCUUCUGUUUCUGAUGGUGAUCAUUUACGUAAGAAUAGACUUCUCCAUUUCAAAGGAUGAAGUGAGCGAAACUCGGAUGAGAGUUGCUGGUUACUGUGAAAAAGUUUUAGCUUACCAAGACAAGCGAGCACAAACUUUUGCACGUUAUGAUGAACAGUUAGCCAAAUUGAAAACGACAAAAGAUAUAAAUUCCUUCCAGAGUGCAAUGAAAAGUAUAAAUCAAGAAUAUAAGGCACAAACAUCAGCCAUUGCUGAGCUGUUAUUGAAACUGAAAGAUGCACCAGAUAUUGUUGAAAAGGUUUCUGAGCUGCAGAAAGCAGACAGGCAAUUGAAGGAGCUUUAUUCACAGCAUCAGAGUCUCUAUGUAGAUAAAGUGAUUCCUGGAAAAUCAACCAGAGCUCAGAUUGAUACAGAAAAUCAGAUUAAUAAGAAGAAAGAAGAAUGCAUUGAAAAAAUAAAUGCUAUUGUUAAAUCUCUUCAGUGAGAACUUACAUAUACCUGUGAGACAUGAAAAAGACUGUUUAUCAUUCAAAUGAGAAAGGGUUUUCUUUGUUUCAAGAGAGGUUUCUGUUGAAUGGGAACCACUCUAAAGAAAAAUAUAGGUAAUUGAGAAAGACUUUGUGUAAUUUUUUUGUCAUAAUGUUGUAUUUUGCUCAGGUAUUUGCCUUCAUUGUGCAAUGUGGACUUUUUUACAUUAAUUUUCAUGUAUAGUGGUUUAAAUUUCUGUUUUGGGCAGUUGUAGCCCGGCAAAGUUUGUGCUUGGAAGGAAAAUGAUGUAUUUUGGAAAUACCUGAGUUGUACGAGGUGCAUUCAAGUUCUAAGGCCUCCGAUUUUUUUUCUAAUUAACUACUCACCCGAAAUCGAUGAAACUGGCGUUACUUCUCGACGUAAUCGCCCUGCAGACGUACACAUUUUUCACAAUGCUGACGCCAUGAUUCCAUGGCAGCGGCGAAGGCUUCUUUCGGAGUCUGUUUUGACCACUGGAAAGUCGCUGAGGCAAAAGCAGCACGGCUGGUGGAUGUGCGGCCACGGAGAGUGUCUUUCAUUGUUGGAAAAAGCCAAAAGUCACUAGGAGCCAAGUCAGGUGAGUAGGGAGCAUGAGGAAUCACUUCAAAGUUGUUAUCACGAAGAAACUGUUGCGUAACGUUAGCUCGAUGUGCGGGUGCGCAGCCCUUCCCGGACGUUUUUGUUGCAGUGCAGGAAGGAAUUUGUUCUUCAAAACAUUUUCGUAGGAUGCACCUGUUACCGUAGUGCCCUUUGGAACGCAAUGGGUAAGGAUUACGUCCUCGCUGUCCCAGAACAUGGACACCAUCAUUUUUUCAGCACUGGCGGUUACCCGAAAUUUUUUUGGUGGCGGUGAAUCUGUGUGCUUCCAUUGAGCUGACUGGCGCUUUGUUUCUGGAUUGAAAAAUGGCAUCCACGUCUCAUCCAUUGUCACAACGGAUGAAAAGAAAGUCCCAUUCAUGCUGUCGUUGCGCGUCAACAUUGCUGGGCAACAUGCGACAGGGCAGCCAUGUGGUCGUCCGUCAGCAUUCGUGGCACCCACCUGGAUGACACUUUUCGCAUUUUCAGGUCGUCAUGCAGGAUUGCGUGCACAGAAAUGUCAAAUCUGGAGGCGAUCUGUUCAACAGUCAUUCGGCGAUCCCCCAAAACAAUUCUCUCCACUUUCUCGAUCAUGUCGCCAGACCGGCUUGUGCGAGCCCGAGAUUGUUUCGGUUUGUUGUCACACGAUGUUCUGCCUUCAUUAAACUGUUGCACCCACGAACGCACUUUCGACACAUCCGUAACUCCAUCACCACAUGUCUCCUUCAACUGUCGAUGAAUUUCAAUUUGUUUCACACCACGCAAAUUCAGAAAACGAAUGAUUGCACGCUGUUGAAAUAAGGAAAACGUCGCCAUUUUAAGUAUUGAAAACAGUUCUCAUUCUCGCCGCUGGCGGUAAAAUUCCAUCUGCCGUACAGUGCUGCCAUCUCUGGGACGUAUUGACAGUGAACGCGGCCUCAUUUUAAAACAAUGCGCAUGUUUCUAUCUCUUUCCAGUCCGGAGAAAAAAAAAUCGGAGGCCUUAGAACUUGAAUGCACCUUGUAGUUUGCACCAGGUAUAUUUGUUCCAAAUUCUUUGGUAUUCCUUCUCUGGUAAAGGCAAUAAUACAGAAUGAAAUAGGUUGUA